AUGAAAAAAAGUGCCAGCAAUUGUACAUGUGUGCCACUGAUUUCGUAUUCAGUAUGGCAGUUUAGAAUGUUGAAUCUAUUUUGGCUAGGAAUAGCGUGUUUUACUUUGGUUCAAGACCCUGCAUCGGCAACAACUGGUAAGUCAAAACAUUUAGCUAUAGAUUUGUUGUUUAAAUAACAAUUUUAUGUACUUUAAGGUGUUGACUGUCAUCGUUAUUUUGGUCACAACCAAAAAGGCAUUGCGAUACCUUAACUAGUAUUGAGCUCGUAUUGUUUUGGUCGAUGGCAUAAACUAUCUCGUGUAUAAACGGUUUUUGAAGCGCUUUGAGAGAACAUUGUUAGACAAUUGUUGGACUAUGAAAGCUUCGGCAUAACAGGCAUGGAGCUGAACUAUCCACCGCUUAAGAUUUCAUAAGAUUACACUCGACAGUCCAUAAUAAAUUUGAUGAUGCGAUAAGGAAGGAUUGCUAUCAAAAAGCUUCAUUAAUAAUGAUAUUAUAAACUGUUUUGAUAUCAUCCUUGUACUAGAAGGGCGGGGCUGUGUGUGGUGUUGGUCAUUUGAAAUUUUUUACUUUUGAGCCGCGCAAUUUUGUUAUUUUUUUUAACAGCUGCGGUUUAAGCUUUUGUAGUAGCACUUCAGUGGUAAGGAAAUAAACUUUCGAGUUGUACAAAAGUAAUUCCGUUUUCACGCUUCUGAGUUCGACCACUAUUGAAGUUCGAAAAAUAUCAGCAUCAUGUUUAUUAUCAUGCGCAAAUACGGAGAAAAACAGAUAAUGAUUGUGAUAAAUAUGCACACAUAGCAGUGAUUGGAGAUGUUUACAUUGUUGAUGAUAAUUGUUGUUUGUUUUCUGCAAUACUUUGUGGCAACAAAGUUAAACGCCUUUUCGAUUUCAGAAGUGAAGUUAGAGCCUAUAUAUUGGGUAUUUCCGACGAAAUCGAAGUCGCAACGAUCGUUUAUGAUGAAGCCCAAUCUUAGCGGUAAAAGCGAUGAUCUCAUUGCCAUUUUAAUCAAGUUGCUCAUUUCACUCGUUUCUGUUGUCGUCUUGGUUGCGCUGAGUUGGCUAAUUGGGUUACCACGCAAAAAAAUUUAUUCUUGAUAUGCGACGACGUCACCUGAAAAAUCGACGAUUUGAUGGAAAUCGAUUUCCGCAGGUACCCAUACUUGCUAGACGUUCAAUUGAGAUGAGGCAUCAUGAUAAACUAAAGGUCGCUUGGGUGAAAAUGGGACCGGUCAUCCUCCUAAUUUGAUUUAACUGAGUCCAUGGGAUUUGCGGCUAAAUGAAUAACGCAGAAUGGCCUCCUAACUUUAAAUUUUGACUCGUUCGCUUUGUUGAUUGCGCAGCGCCAAAGUACCACUUAACAAGCUUUAACAGGAGCAUACCUAGGGGAUAAAAACCUCUUUUCCGCAAAACGUUUCAUGACUUUCUAGAGAACCGUCUUUCAAAGAUGAAACUUCUAGUUUCCAUCAAUCCACGUCAGUGUUGUAUGAAUGUUCAUGUUUUUUCAGAUACAGAAACUCAGACAAUAGAGGAAGGAGGCAAUGUCAACCUUACUUGUGGAGACCGAAACCACUCUUUCAUACUGUCCUGGAGCAAAGACGGCGAAGAUGUGCUUGUUAACAUUAGCUCUUUCAAUCAGUCCAUGCUAGUGUUGUCUAAUCUCGAGACAAGUGGUAGUGGCUUGUACGUUUGUACAGCUAACUCGUCUGUGGUAUUGAGAAGAGUAAGGCUUACUGUCAUGAAAGGUGAGAAGUGAAAACUGUAAACCCAAAAGAUUUGAGCACUGUUCUCUUUCAAGGACACACGCGUCUCUUCACACAACUUGACCGGAUUAUGAUACUGAAUUACUUGUAACUGGGGUUAACGAUAAUGAAUUACUCGUAACCGGGGUUAACGAUUCGGUAAGGUAGUGUAAUGCAUGCUCAAUAUUGGGGAGACCACUCUAAUUGCUAAAAAACGAUCGACCUUCCUAAGUUAUUGGAUAUGGCUUCAGUUUCCUCAGUGUUAUAUUAUAGGCUAUAUAAGAACCUUGAAAGGAAUCCCUGAAAUGCAAUUUGUUCUGCCAAAUUCUGAAUAAGUCGGACUAUAAAGGGAAUUCAUCAGAAUGGCAGGUCUAAGGAAGGGAAUUUUGAGUAAACAGACGACUCUACCGGUGAGAAAUGAAACUUUUAUGUUAUUUGUUAGGUGGGGAAAAUAUCAACUAAUAUGGUAAUAUGUGACUAUACCAAGGUAACAAAGUCGUUUCAUUUUAGGCUAGCAAAUAACAUAGGCGCAUACUUAAUGAAUUAUUAUUUUUGUUUUAAUUUUUUUAUGUGGCAGGAUACGGGAUGGCGCUGCCUAUUUGCCGUUGCUACCAUUAGUAACCAAGCCUUAUAAAAAGUGUUAUAAAAAUGGCAGCGACCAUUUACGAAAGGGACAACCACGUCGGCGUUACUCACAGGUCUCCCCUGAGUCACUUGUGUCCAGAAAUGCAAAUAACUCGGACAUGCAGAGCUUCAUAUUAGACGCAAUAAAGUGUAAUUCCAUACAACGCCAUUUCUCUUUAGGGUUAUAUUAAGGGCAUGAGGAAACCCGGUGAUGUCUAUCAUAAAGAGCAUGAAUAUCAUAAGUGUACAUUUAAAUACAGUGAAACCCCGCCUUACGGCCACCUCGUUAUUACGGCUACUUUUUUUGGCCAUCUGGCAAAACGGCCAUACUGUAAAAAUCCCCUCGUUAAUACGGUCACCUCUUGAUACGGCCAAAUUUGUUUGGCCCAUUGGUGACCGUAUUAACGGGGUUCCACGGUAGAACCUAUUAUUCACCAUACCCGCCAUCUUUGAACGCGCUUUAAUAAAGAACUGAGGGGAUAAAAGCAAAACUUGACCGUGAUUACUCCUAUUGGCAAAUUUUAAUACAUGUUUGCCCCCUGAGAAACCACGUGAAAUUGCUCUUUUCCCAUCCAUACUGAAGCGCCUGCAAAGAUGGUGGGCAUCAAGAAUAAUAAGGGCUAUUCUGGUCAUAACUUAAUUAACGUUAGUUUCUAUUUUUAGAAUUAACAGCAGAACAAGAGGAAAUAGCCACACCACAGGAAGGACUGACACGAGUGGAUAUCAUUGCUAUUAUCCUUGGGCUUGCCCUUACUGCCUUCCUAGUUGUCUCAAUAUUACUGCUGCUGUAUCGAGCAGAAAAGCGUCGCAAAGAGACGAAAUACGUGGAUAGGUGGCAAGUUGAUAUACAAACACAUGUGAGUAGAGACUACUAGAGACCAGAAAAGAAAAACAAACGACAAUUUCAGAAAUUCGGACAUGGAGUACCUAACCCCCCAAAGGGCGCCAGAAAUUUUAACUAGUGUAAAGUACUAGACAAAAAUUUUAACCUUGUGGAUGAAAGUGUAGCCAAAUAGCUUUAACUGGUUUAAAUUAGACCAAACUCUGACUCAGCAAGAAGCCCACGGCUACCAAACUACACAGUAUUGCACAGUAUCACCGUAUGGCUAUACUGCCACGACGAUAAAAGGAGGCUUAAGUAACGACGACGGUGACGACAACGAGAAAGUAAAAAGCAAUAGGUUUAAAAGGACAUCACGUUCUUUUGUACUACACAUGUCUUUGCCGUCACUGCUUGGCUACAACAGGAAACUUCCUAAUAUUUCAUGUUUUGUAGGGUACAUACUCUCAAUUAACUAAGACGACGCCUCUUCUCUUUCUGAAGUCAGUUAAAAGGAAAAUGUCGGCUAAAAUUGACAAAUUGAAGCCGAAUUAUUGUUUCAAAUUUUUUGAAGAAAUGUUUGUAGGUGCUGUCGUUUUCUUAGUGUUAAUUCAGAACCUCGACGACGGCAACUAAGGAGAGAGGUCCUGCGAAGUUACUAUACCGUAAAUGAUCGAUUAAGUGCCGCGGCACCAAUUUCAUUUUCCCUGUUAAAGGUGCGGCGCUUAGUUCAUCUAUUGGUAAAACACUGGGGGCAAAAAAAAGAGAAUUAAGUGAGGCGCUUACUAGGUAUGCACAAUUUAAUAUAAAAUGAUUUCGAAUGAAAUACAAGAGGUAUCAUGAACGCAGUUUCUCGGUCUCUGAAAGUAUUGCUGCUCAAAUAUAAGAGGUAACAUGAACACAGUUUCUCAGUCUCUUUGUGAAACAACGGUGGGGCGUUUAUUUGUAAAUACCCAAAUUAGCCCCGCGGCGUUUAUUAAUUAUUUUCGGUAAAUGUGCGGUGCUUAUUGGAGAGAACCGCUUAUUCGAGUAGCGGCGCUUAAUCGAUCAUUUACAGUAAACACAUCACUUAGUGUUCCUCUAGAUUAACUUGUUUUCGUAAAACACUCUUCAGGAAAACCUGUCGGUAGAAGAACUCACAAGAAUCCCACCAUCUCGUCGUGCUUUCUUCAUGAGGACUGGGCGAGAGCUAAACAGACUACCACUGCCUUACAGAAAACCAACGAGUCAAGUCAGCGACAGAUAUGGCACAAAAUAUGGAGUUGACGAGAAUGAUGCAAACGAAAACAACAACGAUAGAAUCUUGCAGUGGCGAUUUACAGCUUAUUUGUAA